CUGCUGCUGCUGCCGCUGCCGCUGCCGCCGGCGCUACCAAUACUGUACCCCUCUCCGGACCCGGCGGACUACACGGCUGAGGCGGCCUUCCUCGUUUUUCCUUCCCGGCCGCGGCCCGCCCACCUGCCAGCGCACCCUCGGAGCGUCUCCGGCAUGGACCGCGGGCGGCGGCGGCGGCGGCGGGAGGCCGAAGCAGAAACUUUGAUUGUCUAUUACCUCCCUGGAUAAAUCUAACUUAUGGCACAUGAACAUACAAGCUUUUCCAGUUUGGGUGACUUGCAUAAUAGAAAAGGCAAAUGGACAACUGGAAAAUUGAACUUCCCAUUCUGUGAGGCUUGCCUUGGAGAAUAUAACUUUAUCAGUAAUACAGCGUAUUUAUGUGGACAGUUUACAGAUAUACAUCUUUAUAAAAGACAAACUGGCUGCCAGAUAGCUACUAGGUUACCAAAAUCAGAACUAAAGCACUUGUCACUUUGUAAAUGCAAUUGUGAUUCUAGUAAAGAAAUACACAAGAGUGCUACAAGUGGAAUUCUGAGACCUGAAAAUCAAAGAGUUCCAUAUCUGGCUAAAAGUAAUGACAGUACUGGAAGAUUAAUGGAGGCACUUUGCCUAGAGUUGAGAUCAGCUAACUUUGAGAUGAAUAAUAAAAAACUAUGCUUCAAAGUGUCUAAUCUAAAAGCAAGUAUUUCAGCUUCACUGGCUCAGAAUGACGGAUACACUGUAAAAGCUUUUCAUAGAAUACCACAGAGUUUGAGAAAGAGGCUUGUCUUGCUUCCUACUUUAUAUGGAAUAUCCACAAUUGAGAGACCUGUUUUUUCUAGGCAACAUGAUGAGACACAGCAUUUUAAUUCAAAAGAUUGCUUACCACUGAAAUCCAACAAAUUACAUAAUUAUUUUCAGUUCCGACUUGAAUCAGAUACUUCUGAGCUUUCAAAGAUUUUUUUAGUUACUUCUUACAGGAUAUUAGCACAAGAAGAAACUGGGUUUAAUCCUGUUUGGAAAGCUUCAAAAAGUUAUCUUGAGAGUGCUGUUACUGAUCAACAACUGUUCUUACCUUCAUCAGAGAAUAUUGCAAAAGAAAAUACUCUCCAGCUGCAUAUCAUACCUUUUUAUCUUCUUCAGCCCUUCACAACUAUUGAUCAAGAGUUGUACAAGAAAAAAAGAAACCAGUUGAACAAUUUGGGGAGAAAACAUAGGUGGCAAGACCAGACAAUGAAUACAAAAGAAGAAUAUGAACACAGAAAAGAUAAGGAAAGCUACCUCUGUGCAGUUUGCUUGGAUAUCUACUUCAAUCCUUACAUGUGCUACCCAUGCCAUCAUAUUUUCUGCGAACCUUGCCUACGUAUGCUUGCCAAGGAUAAUCCAACUAGCACUCCAUGUCCUCUCUGCCGUACUGCAAUUACCCACGUUUUUUUUCAAUCAGAACUGAAUACUUCCACAGAAACUUUAUUUCCAAUGGAAUAUUCAAAAUUAAAGGAAAAUUUUCAAAAAUCAAAUUUAGCAAAUUGGCCUCUCCCUAGUUGCAAAAAAGUAUUCAGAGUUAUUGAUGCAGGUUUUCAGAGUACAGACUCCUUUACACGAAGGCAUUUUCCACAUGCUGCUCACAGAAUGGAUUAUAUGGACUUUGAGGACGAUAGCCGUGGAUGGGGAUUUGACAUGGACAUGGUGAUAAUCUACAUUUAUGCCAUCAACUGGGUCUUGGGAUUUAUCGUGUUUUGUUUUCUUUGCUAUUUUUUCUUUCCUUUUUAAGGAUUUCUGUUCCCUGUUUUGUAUGUGAGCAGCAAGACAAAGAAAUAGACAAAUCUGGAUUAAAGAAUGCAGAUGGUAUACAAUCUCGGGUCUCCUGUAUAACACUGAUAAAACUGCACAACAAUAAUUUACUGUGUUUUGGUUUACUAAUUUUUAUUAUAUUUUGAAGUGAAAAAACAUUUGCAUAUUAAAAAUGUUAGAUUGCUUUUUCUAAUACGUAUUAAGAUGAUCUGGUGCUUUGAAUCUAUGAUUGCAAUCUGUACAUAAACUUGGGCAGGUUCAUGAGAGUAUUCAUAAAGCAGUGAAACUUCACUGAUUAACUUCAACUACUACCUGGUAUGUAUAAAAUACGUAUACAAACUAUCACCUCACAGUUAAUGGUUUCUGUAGAGAUAGUUCACAUGCUAAUGCUUAUGUUCAGUUAAAAUAUUUUUUCAUCAACUUUGGAGUACAGUGUGAUGUUUUUCUUUAUAUCAGUGCUUAUUGCAUGUAAUGGUCAUGUUAAGUCUCAGCUUUCCACCUCUUGAAAUCAUUUCAGGAGUUUUAUGAGAGAUUUUUUAAAUAGUAAAAUGUGUUACGUACUUUAAGAUAUAUGGGAUAUGACUUGGGAAAAUUUGUUAGAGAAAUGUGUAUAGUGCCUAUGGUGGUCAGUUUUUCAGCAGAGACAAUUUAGCUUCCUUUUUAUUUGUGGAUGUCUGUCAAAUUACUCAAAAGACUCAUUGGUUUGCCUUAUUGAUCAGCAUGUUUAUAUUAAGAGCUGACAUUAAAGAAACAAAAAUCAGAUUUUCUACCUAUGUAUAUAGAACCAAGAAUAAUUGAUUCAGGAAGGAAGGAAGGAAGGAAAGAAGGAAGGAAGGAAGGAAGGAGCACUUUAUUCUAAUUUUAUCUAGUUGUAAGUCUGUAUAUUUUGCUAUUUCUAAUGUUUUGUGAACAUCUACCCAAUUUCCCCGAAUUUGGGAAGAUGAGGAGAGAAAAAAGAGAUGGCCAGAAAGAGAAACUCAGAAGCACCUUUGACCCAUAUUGCUGAAAAUGUCUGAUCCCUGACUCUUAUAUGAUUUCCUAUAAAUUCUGUUUGUAAGAAACCUUGAACCUCUGACCUCUUGACUAACUAACAACCUUGACCUGGCUCUUGGAACUCUGGCUUGGAUUUGGACUAUUCUUCUGUGUGCUCCUAUUGAAAACUAACUCUACAAGUUAGCUUCUGUUUUGUUUACAUUCUUCAUUUGCUGUUUAUCUCUUCAGCCUUGAAGUAAAAUUGCUAAUCUCCAUAGCAAUCACAUUUAAAUGUGUGUGGUUGAAACCUAAAGCAAGGUGCAAGAUUACGGUCUGACUCAAAAGUUGAAACAAGAUGUUAGUGAAAAUCAGCAGGAGUCUGCAUUACGUGGUAUACUAGGAGUGCACUUCUGCGGAAAGCCUAAGUUAGGCUAUGGACCAGAUUUUCUCCAGUAGUCAUCAACGUCUCCUUUCACUUCUGGAACAGUUUCCACUACCAAAAUGCUACAGAGUGAUACCAUUUCCAGCUGCCUUGAGUUACAUGAAUGGAAAGUAAAAGAUGAAGUUCAAUUAAGUAAUGUAUAAUUAUGCAGUAUAUUUUCUUUAAAAAACCUUUUACAGAUUGAAGUAAAUUGUGGAAAUACUUUUAACAGUUUGGAAUAUUCUGUAUUGGUUGUAGGAGUUGGAGAUAGGUGUCAGCCUUGAAAAUAUUAAUGAUUGAAAAUUGUACCUGCAGUUGAUUAAAUGUUGGGAUCACAUUCUUGAUUGCUAUUUUUCAUAUAUAAGUAACAAUUCUCUAAAAUUCCUGGCCUAAUUUAUUUUCAAAGAUACAGUGUAACCUUUCUAUCUGAAUAGUCAUGAUAUUAAGUAAAUUCCCAUCUCUAAAAUACUUAUUUCUAGACUCCAGUAAAUACAGUGACUUUCUCAAAUGUCUGAAUCCAGAAGAUUGAAUAUAUACUAUAAUCAUAAUCAGUAUAAAAGGUUCUUAAAUUAUAAUGGAAGAAAUGACUUUUGGAUUCAGGUAUAUGUUACUGAACAACUGGGAAUAUUACUUCAAAUUUGAGAAAAGAAAUUUUAGCAAUAGAAAUGGAAACAGUAUUAAUUUAUUUUUAAUUCUGUAAUUCUUUGUAAAUACAAUUCUGAAAUAUUUAGGCUUAAGUCUGUUUGUUAAGUAAACUAUAAUGAAUAUGCUGUUGAUAUCCUAGUAAGCUUCUGAGCCUUGGUUUAAUUUUUGGAAUAUUUUUUACCUAGUUUGUAUAUUUUUAUCUAUAAUAUUAUGGUGCUCAUAGUAACUUUUAAAUUUUAAUCACUAUUAAGAGUGUUACUGUA